GCUCAUUCAUAUAUUGUAUAUUGAAUAGACGCUCAUUCUGCUCGAUCACAUCAUUGUAUUCUGAACUUUUAUAAUAAAUGUUGUCCGUUCAAUUUUAUUGGAUAUCUAUUGGAAUCGUAGACUUUUGGAAGUAUUGCUGAACAACUGCUGUUUUGUUUAUAUGAUAUGUUUUAAAUUCGCUUAAUGGGUGCGGUUAUUCGUAAAAAAAAGAAUAAUGUAUUGAAUCGGAUGUAAUCGCGUAACAAUCAAAGGCAUACAUAUUUCAAUAAUAAUAUUUGUGACUUUAUUUGGAGGCAAACGAAAAAUUUGGCGGUUUAUUAGUGCCAAUAAAUAAAUGAUAUUUUUACUUUAAUAUAAUUCGAUGCAAACAUAUUUAGUGUGAGUUUUACGAUCACUUGAACCAUGAAAUAGUUCGUUGAUUUAACUAUUAAAACGGACAAAGAGCAAAAAUAAUUCCGUACCCAAAGAACAGUGCAUUUUAUUGAGAAUGGCCGAAAUAAAUCCAUAAACAAGAUUUUCAGAACUUUUUUUUCCCGUAAUAUCGAUCACUGCUCGGCGUUCUGAGAACAUCAUUUGAGGUUAAGUUAACUGGCAAGCAAAGAAACGAAAAGAAAGAUGUGGAAAUUCAUCCGCGGAAAAGGUCAACAACCUUUAGCUGAGAGGCAAAAAUUACAAAAGGAACUUUUCGCAUACAAAAAGACUGCGCAACAUGGAUUUCCUCACAAACCGUCGGCAAUGGCUUACGAUCCCCUACGUAAGCUGUUCGCAAUCGGAACUCAUUCGGGAGCGAUUAAAAUCUUUGGACGCCCAGGUGUGGAAUUUUAUGGCCAGCAUCUAUCACAAUCGAAUAAUUCAGCUGAUUGUACGGUGCAGUUACUUGAGUGGGUGCCAGACACGGGCCGAAUUUUAUCUGUAACAACCACGAAUCAAUUGACUUUAUGGGAACCAGCUGGAGCGAUCCUAGUUCCAAUCAGAAGCAUACCGUUCGACGGUAAACUGAAGAAGGUGUCUUCGCUAUGUUGUUCGCUUGAUAAAGAUCUUGUGUGGAUUGGUACGGAAGGAGGAAACGUCUACCAAUUGAAUUUGAAAAACUUUUUAAUAAAGGAGCCGAUCAUUUUCCUCGACAACAUUCUUGAUAAAAUACCGGAGUACAAAUACAGCUUAAGCGCAGUUGAAUCCAUCAAACAACUCCCAAACAACCAUAAUCAGAUUUUGAUUGCCUAUAAUCGUGGACUGUGUGUGCUCUGGGAUUUGGAAUCGAACACUGUUGUUCGCUCAUUUAUUGCGUCGGGACAUGGACAAACGGUGGGUUUAUACGUUGACGCUGACAGCAAACAUUUCACAUGGUAUCAUGAAGAUGGUUCCUAUGCCACUUGGGCAAUUGAUGAUUCUAAUCCGCCGAAAGAUCAUGCAUUUGUACCGUACGGCCCCGAUCCUUGCAAGUUAAUCAACAAACUUGUAAAAGGCAAACGGAAUGAAAAUGAUAUUGUCAUUUUUUCGGGUGGUAUGCCCCGAUCAUUGUACGGAGAUCGCCAAUGUGUUUCAGUACAUUGCACAGAUGGUUCGAAAGUUUGCUUAGACUUUACGUCAAAAGUUAUUGACUUUUUUGUUACAUUUGAUGAGGACAACGACAGCCAAGCUGAGGCUCUGGUUGUGCUUUUGGAAGAAGAAUUGUGUGUCUAUGAUCUAACUGAUUCAGCAUUGAAACCGAUAAGAUUACCAUAUUUGCACUCGGUGCAUACGUCUGCCGUAACCUGUAACCACCUCGUAUCCCAAGUGAGUGGCGAAAUCUAUCAAAAAAUCGUUGAAGCCGGCAAGCAGAAUGAAAUUGAGCACAGUGACAUUGAAUGGCCAGUUACUGGCGGAACAUUAUUGGAAAAGGGCGAAGACCUGGGAACAAAAGAAUACGAAAUAUUGCUGACCGGUCAUGAGGAUGGUUCGGUGAAAUUUUGGGAUUGUACUGGCGUUGUUUUGGAGCCACUUUUGCACUUUAGAACGGCACAACUUUUCGGCAAUGAUGAUGAUGAUUUUGAUGAUUUGCACGAUAAUCAAGACAAAUUGGAGGACUCGGAGCCCCCAUUCCGUAAAGCAGGCUUGUUUGAUCCAUAUUCCGACGAUCCACGCCUUGCCGUAAAAAGAAUUGCAUUUUGCCAGAAAACGGGACAACUCAUUGUUGCUGGAACUGCUGGAAACAUUGUGUGUGCUAAUUUGGGUGGCAAAUCUCAAGAGGGUCCAUUGCGUGUUACUGAAAUGAAUUUAGUUAGUGACCGUGAUGGUUUCAUCUGGAAGGGACAUGAUAAAUUGAAAGUGAAGCCACACUUACUCACCGAAGCAACUCCAACAAUCGAAGACGGUCUUCAAGUGUCUGGAAUUCUGCAAGUCUUACCACCCGGUGCUAUAACAUGCUUAGCAUUGCAGUCGAAUUGGAAUUUGGUUGCAGCCGGUACCGGCCAUGGCUUGGUUCUGUUCGACUAUAAUAAUCAUUUCCCCGUUUUACAUCGGUGUACUUUGAAUCCGAAUGAUUUAACUGGAGCUGGAGAAGCACUUUCGCGUAGAAAAUCGUUCAAAAAAACUCUGAGAGAGUCAUUCCGACGCCUUAGAAAAGGUAGAUCAACGCGAAAUAAUCCUGGGGCAACGCAGACUCCCAUCACUGAGACCCGUCCGAUUGAACGUCAAAUCGAAGCACGGCCCGUAGACGAUGGAAUGAACUCUUUGGUUCGAUGCCUUACUUUUGCACAAACGUUCAUCGCUAACAUACAUACGACGACACCAACCUUAUGGUCGGCAACUAAUGCUAGCUGCGUAUCAGUAUUCGUUCUCAACAUUCCACCGAAAUCAGUAAACGAUGUACCAUCUGAACAACGAAAAAUGAUCACAGCACAACUGGCAAAAUCCAUUCAACUGAAACAUCGUGCACCAGUUGUUGGUAUAUCGAUUUUUGACAAUGCCGGUGUUCCGCUAGAGCUAUCAGGGCCUGGAACUGCUCCGCAUCGUGUAUUGAUAGCGUCGGAAGAGCAGUUCAAAGUAUUUUCGUUGCCACAACUGAAACCAGUUACAAAAUAUAAAUUGACAGCACAUGAAGGAGCUCGUGUCCGGAAAAUGGCAUUUGCCACAUUUUCAUGCAUUAUACCGCCAAGUUUGAUUCAUUCAAACAGUCCAACGAAAACUCCUGCUAAGGCAGAUUCCAACAGUGAUCAUGUCAUCAGCGACAACAUACAGAACACUUCGAUCGACGCAAAUGUCGCAAUGCACACGGAAGUUGGUCUUCUAUGUCUGACAAAUCUCGGCGACUGUUUAGUAUUAUCGAUCCCUGAACUGAAGCGUCAAAUCAAUGCUGCAGCAGUACGCCGCGAAGAUAUAAGUGGUAUUACAUCGUUGUGUUUCACCAAUUUUGGUGAAGCCUUAUAUAUGAUGUCGUCAUCUGAAUUGCAGCGCAUCUCACUGUCAGCUACAAAAAGCGUACGCGCAGAAGGUGUAAUCGAAGUUGAGCCAUUGAACGAUUCCACAUUAAAUGAGGACGAUGACGAUGAUGAUGAUGAGGAUGAUGACCGUAAAUCCGAGACAAAAUCCAUAUCAACCAUUGGGACAAAGGAUGAACAGGCGAAAAUAUCAGAAAACUUAACAAAUGGUGUAGAUGUGUCACCCAGCAAAGGGAAUGUAACUAUUACCAGCUCGAUUGGUGACAUCACUGUCGACUCAGUUCGAGAUCAUUUGAAUUCCACUGUAACAACACUGCACACAACCACAACCGAGGAAAUUGUUGGGCGACUAUCAGUUUUGAGCACUCAAACAAACAACACAGUGUCUUCAAUACAAAUGAAAGAUGUCCCCGAUAUAAACAUAUCGAAUUUAAAAGAUUUAGCACCAAUUGGCGAGACAACCGAAACCAGCUCAAACACAAUUGUCAUCAAAUCCAUCAUCACUACAAUAUCAAAUGGACAGGAGAAUGGAGAAACUGAAAAGAUAACCACGACAACAACAACACGGAAGGAGAGCCAGUUGUAGUGACGACACCCCAAUGGCAUUAAUAUUACAAUCGCAUUUAAUCUGCGAAACAAAAAAUAUCGAAUAUUAUACAUUUUUUUCUUAUGUCAGAACAAAAAAAAAAUAUCUGCGUAUUAUUGUGCACAAACAUACUUAAAUGGCCUUGAAACUAACAAUCACGAACCUAAUUUGAAUAAAUGAAAUAGAAAUUCUAAAGCUAUUUCUUAAUGCAAUUUUAGAUUUAUAUAAACUUUAGGUACUAUUACACCGAUUUAAAUAUGUUUAUCAUAGUUUUUUCACCAUUGCAUACACAUGCAUCAUGAAAGAUAAUUUUAUAUGCAAAACAAAUUUCAAAUAAAACUAAUUUCAAUGAACAAUGACGAAAAUCAUAUUAUACAAUGUAAAAACUUUGAUACACCGUUUGUAUUUUUUUUAUUAAAUAUUUCAAUAUGAAGUUAACUAACA